UUGAGUCAAGAUAUAUGUGGUUUCAUAUUAUAAAAAUUUCGUGUGUAAUGUGACGAAUAUUAUAAUCUUUUCUGUAGAAUAAGAUUGUAAAAAUAACAGCAUUUUAAAAUGAUAUUUAGAUAUUGUAAUUUAUGUUAUCAGAACAUAAGUGUGUCAAUUAUAAAUUUACGGAAGUAUGGGAAAAGAGUUAGUACCAAACGUUUUAAAAAACAUGAAGUUAAAAAACGGGAAGCAUUUACUGCCGAAGAAAGGAAAUCGAAAACACCAAUAAUCCUUUGCAAACGCCCGAUGUUUAAUUUCUACCAAGGUGAUAUUUAUUCAAAAUACGAAGAAAUACCCUUAAACAGCAAAGGAUGGAAUCGUUCAGAUUCCAAAGGAGAUCAUUUUUGUAUUUAUCCAGAAAAAACUUUAACAUUAGAUGAAGAUAUUAAAAUGUCUACUUUUGAGAAAUUCGAUUUAGAUCCUUCGUUAUGCAAGAAAUUACAGGAAAUAGGCCAUACAACGCCGUUAAAAAUUCAGGAAUGUGCUAUACCAAAAAUUCUGAGUGGUCUAAAUACUGUAAUAGCUGCUGAAACUGGAUGUGGCAAAACAAUGGCAUAUCUUAUUCCUUUAAUAGAUCAAAUUUUAAAUUGGAAACCAAUGUUAGAAAGACCUCUUAAUUCUCCAUUAGGAUUAAUCGUUACACCAAGUCGAGAAUUAGCUAUUCAGAUAGGGGAAGAAGCUAAAAAGUUGUCAAAUGGUCUUGGUAUUUCAACCAAAAUCUUAAUAGGUGGUAAAACAAAAAGAUUGGUAUCAAGGUUACCUAUGGACGAUGUCGAUCUCGUUGUAGCAAGUUUUGGAGUUAUCAGUAAACUGACCACUUUCAAAAUUUAUAAAUUAUAUUGUGUCAAACAUAUUGUUCUGGAUGAAGCGGAUGCAUUAUUUCAUGAAUCAUUUGAUGGCAAACUUAAUGUAUUCAUGAAUAGGCUACAAAUUGCUCAUGAACCAAUAAUAGAUGAAAACGGAAUGCCUAAAAAUGCUCAAUUGACAUUAGCUUCUGCCACAAUGCCUCAAAGAAUCUCUGAAGUCUUAGGAAGCAUAGUAAAUGUCGAUUCUCUGGUUAAAGUAGUUACAGAACAAUUGCAUCGUAUUUCCGUACCUCAGACAUUUGUGAGAUUGGGUCCUAGUCAAAAACCGUACCAGCUAUUAAAGUUUAUAAAACCAAAAGUUAAAUCUAAGGAACCAGUAAUAAUAUUUAGUAAUAAUAUCGCUACUUGCGAUUUUAUUAAUAUGUUCUUAAAUGAUUGUGGUAUCAAUAACAUUUGUUUAAAUGGUAACAUGCCUUUGGAAUUAAAACAAGGAAAAUAUCAGGAAUUCAAGAAUGGAAAAGUUAAUGUAUUAUCAACUACGAACAUUGGAUCUAGAGGAUUGGAUACUGUCAUGGUCCGACACAUAUUGAAUUAUGAAUUUCCAAUGGAUACUGCUGAUUAUAUUCACCGAUGUGGUAGAGUCGGAAGGGUAGGCAGUCAUCAAGAUUGUAAAAUAGUCAAUUUCAUUAGCAGUGCUCUAGAAAUUAAGAUGGCUCAAAAGAUCGAAAGAGCUAUUCGCAAAAGAAAACCUAUACCUAUUUUUAAUAUAAUGAAGGAAAAAAUAGAAGAUGAUCUUGAACCUUUAUUCUCUCCCGAUGAUGGCCAAGAAGACGAUAUAAUUCAAGACAUAAAUGAUGAGGGUAGUAUUCCUUACUGAAAAUUUUAUACAUAAAUUAUAAUAAUAAAAUAUAUGACAUAUAAUUUUUCAAAAGAA